GGUGAUCCAAGAUGGCGCGUUUCUUGAAUGGAGUUUUUCUGGCGUAUUUUGCAUCCUCAUAUCCCUAUCACUAUAUUAAUUGAUUCUCAGUCUGUGCUACCAAAAGAAUGGUAUCCUAACGUGUUGCGAAAUACUUUGGAAUGGUAUUGUCGAGAAUUCAAAGACCCGAUGAUGAUGGAUCCGCCAUCUUGGUUCCAAGCCUUUUGUGUUUGUGAAUUACUUUUCCAGUUCCCGUUCUUCUUUGUAGCUACCAAAUCAUUUUUUAAAGGGUCUGCAAAACACCUCAGGAUCCCAUUGUUGAUAUAUUCCAGUCACGUGGCGACCACCGUGAUAGCGAUAUUGUGCCAUAUAUUAUUCCAUGACUUCAGUAGCGGUGACUAUCCUGGACCGAGCACACUUAACGAGAGACUCUUUCUAGCCGCGAUAUACUCGCCAUACUUAAUAGUACCAGUUAUGAUUUUAUUAACUAUGUUGUAUUCACAGGAAUAUAACAGCGAUUCAAAGAAGUUCAUGUGACGUAAAAAUUUGUUUUCAUACAUGUAUUAAGAAAAAUGUUAAGGGAUUAGCUUAUGUUUCUG